AUGGCAACAGGUUUCGAUGCGCUCAUAGACUCAGUCUUGUCUGACAUUGCUCUCUGCGGCGUGCACGGGGCUGGCAGUGCAGAAUUCUAUCGCUUCAUACAGAAAUUUUACGAGCCUCUCAAGGACGAUGUUCAGUCAUCAUAUGGUACCUCGACCCGCCCUAGCCUACCAGCUGAGGGACUUGGUCGCAAGUUCUACGAGAACGUAUGGACCUGGGUGUCGGGCCAUGCGGACAUGCGCAUCAUCUACCAGAAAGAGGUUCGGCACUACACCUUAUCAGAGUUUGAGGCAGCAGAAUUGCACGAGACUGGGACUUGUGGUGGUACUUCCAUGACUGUUUCCGACCAGCCAGCUUGUAGGCCUGACAACAAAUCAAAACGACCCACCAAGGCUUUAUUGUCAAUGGGUAAGGCCAUCCGAGAGUAUUUGGUGAAAGAGGGAAAAGACGACAGAGCUGGUGCAAUAGUUGCCACUUUAACUCCCGACCGUGCGCCCCUUCGUCAGCCUCGCCAUGCUUUGGUCAGUGGUUAUGAUGCAGAGUCUGUCUUUGAUGACCCGGAAUCCACCAUCACUGCGCCGCGUCUCUAUGCCAGCCAAGGCAGGAUCUGGCAGGCUCUGACUGGUCAUGGUAUCGAUCUCAAGAAAGUUCCUAGCAUGGAAUUCGUACUACUUUCACUCAUCACUGCUCGCGGAUCGGAAGGGAUCGCUCAAACCGACUUAAUUAGGGCAAGUGGUCAAGACAAACGUUCAGUCCCUCAUAGAACGGAUGAGCUUGCGCGUAAAGGCUAUAUCGUCAAGGUUCCUGUGCAAGCUGGCAAAGUUCGUACAAGCCUAUGUGUACACAACAAGUUCGCUUCUCAGAGCCACUUCUUGGCUUCAAGCGCACAGGAAGAUGUGUACAGAGAAGAUAGCUUCGUGCUUUCGGGCUUUGUCCAUCUACUCUAUAACACCUUCAAGGAUGCCGGCGUAGUCCCAACUCGCGAGCUGAGGACCAGACUGGGUGUGCCGAUGACGACUUGGAACAAAAGGGCCACCCAAGGUGCCCUGAUCAGACUUGACCAAACGGGCAUGAUCAAGAGAUUGAGGGUGCGCAAGAAGAAGUCAGAGGACAGCUGGCUUACCUGCAUACAAGUCCUGCGUAAACCUUGUGAUGAGGACGUUAUGAAUCUCCGUUUUCGACGCCAGGAUCAUAAUGCCGAGAAUGCUGCUGACGAGGUUCUUGACGAUGACGCUGAUGGAGAUACGCUGAUGAAAGACCUUGAAGUCGACACUUUGGAAGAUGGUGAUGCCGAUGUAGGACCACAAGCUAACAAGCUGGCCUCCACCUCCGACCCUGACCGUAUUCCCCCACAGUGGACCCCAGACCAGUUACUCGCAAAUCUCGCCUUUGACGCUGUCGCAAUUGGCGGCUCUGACGGUUGGGAUUCAACUCAACUACGUGACCGAAUGGUUGGUCCUUUCUGGAGGCGACCAUUGGAAUCAUACUUUACUCGCUUAACCGAUGAUUGGGAGAAGACUCAGCCUCUAAAUUUACGGCAUUUAGCCAUCAUACGAGAUUCGAGGAAUACUGCCGAGAAGAAGUAUCUGCAUUAUGUCUACAGGACUCACGGAAACUUUCAAAAGGCUGUCGAUGCGGGUGUAGUCCACUGGGCCGGUGUCAGUCACUCUGUGACUACGGUGCCGGUUGAAGAUCCAUCAAGUCAGAGCAGUAAACCGGAAGGUGUCAACGUUCUAGAUGCCUGGGGCUUCAAAAUCACGAAUCCGAAAGACCUUGAGCGUAGUGAUGGUUCCGCAACACUGUCUGAGGCGCGCGAAGCAAUCGUACAUCCACGCACAUAUGGACCGCGAUGGGACAUCGCCAUAUCUCAUGAGAUAGGACAUCAGAACAUCGAUGAGAUACCCCGCUCAUCACCAAAAUUUCCACGUGGCCCUCAAAGGAAAGGGCGUGAGAUGGACGGGAGACCGACUCUUCAGAGUAUCAAGUUGAUGUAUGAGAAGAAGUUUGCCCCAAUUCUAUCACUUAGUCCUGCGCAGCGUAUCUCUUUGGGACUGAAGCCGCACGGUCGCCUGAGCAAACAUGCAGCAAAGCAGAUCGCGGAUCAUCGACGAAAAACUGGAGAUCCGUGCUCAUUGCCCGACAAGAUUGAAGGUGGCCCAUUGCGAGGGGGUAAGCCACCUUUGAUGAGUGCCGAGGAGCGCAUUGCGGCCGGUCUACCGCCCAGAGGCAGACUUGGGAUUAAGCAAGAGAACGCGAUUCGAGUCCAGCGUGGGCUUGCGAAAAUACCCACCAAGACUGAGACGCGAGAGAAGGUAAAAUCUGAGCCGACGGUGCUUAGCAAACAGCAGAGGAUUGACUUGAAGUGGAUCGAUCAUGGCCGUCUGCCGCAGGAUCUCAUCGAGGGUCUGCGCCAAGAGCGUAGAGAAGGCAUCGCACUGAAGGAUUCGAAAGUCAUCGCCCUAUACGAUGAGGUUAUGAAGGCCGCUAAGAUUGCAAAAGACAUGAAGGAAGCUGCUAAGGCUGGUAGAUCUCACGUUACAGGGCCAGCUGUGCCCAGUGAGAUGACCGACAAGCAGGGCACUGCGACAGUCGACAAGGCCACAGGGCCAGCAAAGCACAUUCAUGAAGAAAGACCAAAUUCUCCACAGGUUCUCCAAGACAAAACUGCCGCAUCUGUACCAGCGGCUCAACGGCUUGAUUCAUUAUCAACAGCAGCUGAUGAGGCUGCCGCUCCUACACAGGAAGCCGGCAAGGCAGCGAAGUCCAGAAGUAUAGUUGAUACAACUACUCCGACCACAUCAGCCGCCGAAGGGGCUAUGAAAUCAGUGGUAACGGCUUCUCCCGCGAAGCGCAAAGCGAGUAUUUCAGGUACAGGCCCAAAGACUCCCAAGAAACGACGGACAAAUUCUGCUAUUCUGCCAAGCACAAGCGCUGAAGAGUCUACUACGACGGGACCAGGCGCCGCACAUGCCCUCAAAGCUUCAAGUUGCACUGUCUCGCCACAGCAGACAACUGAGGAGCAGUCAUCCCUAACCAUUUUGAGUUUACCCAUGGCUGACCUUGUCGAUAAUACGAUUCAAACACAUCGGGAGAGCAUCGCCCAGGAAAACGCCCAGCAACCAGUGCAUUCACAAGUCAACACUUUCGUAGACGUACAGGAUCCAGCCACUCCUUCGGCGCUAAAGGGUAAGGCAAUCCAGGGUCAACACCAGCCACUAGACCUUGUACCUCUUGAUACUGGGACACAUGGAUGUGAGACCGCUAGGUCGGCACCUUCAAACCCGGAGACCGCUUCAAUUGUGAAGAAGGCUUCUAAAUAUCUUACGCUUGUUCCCCCAGAAAUUGACAAGCUCAAGAUCAGCGACAAGGCAAAAUACAGAUUGUACACGGAGCGCUCAUUGCCGGGGGUCUACUUCGAUAACUUGUCAAAACAGAAAGCCCCACGGGGACGGCCGCGCAAAGCCUUCAUUGCCACGUUCAGACUGCCACGACUUUCAAAUUUUGACUGGUUCCGCCCUGAGCCUAGUACCCCACAGCCGCCUUGUGAACGUGAACACACGCUUGUCCAGCGGGAUAUUACUUUUAUUCAGGAAGCAAGCAUCGGAGGAAACGUGGAGACUAGCAUCACUCGUAGUGGUGAAGUGCGUUUCGAUGCUAUUUCCAAUGCAACCCAGCAACAUGUUACCAAUGGCCAUGUCCCAAACGGAACUACCAUUCGAUCGUCUGCUGUUGCAUCAUACCUUGGAGAAAAUUCCCCGUCCAAUUUGCACAUCCUUGGCAUCGACGAACAGCGUAAGUUGCGAGAUGAUUCUGUAGCAGAUGGUCUCAGAGAUCAGAAUGGUGCCACAUUGCCCGCACUGGAUCGGAUCACCAAGGUUGGAUCGGACUCAGCACACACCAACAGGCAAGUUCAUGUUGAGCAAACUGUUGACAGAUCGCCCAUUGCUGUGGCAGGACCUACCUUAUCAUUACCACCACCCCCACCUCGGACAGUGGCGGGGUGGACUGUGGUCAAUAGGAGCGCGCCGUCCGGCCCGUCCGGUUAUGAAAGCCCAUACGGACCAAGCUCGCACUCCAAUACUGCAAGCCAAACACAAGUCAUCAAUAGUCCAAAAGUAUCCGCGACUACGUCACCCGUUGUCAAUACUACUUCUUUGAACAAUUCUAAUCCAGCCUCGUACCCCAGCACUUCUCUGCUGAGGAGGACCUCAUCCGUCAUGUACAAGCCUCGGUCCAGGGCACAUAGGAAGAGAACCAAGAAACCCCAAACGAUAGGCAGUGCGCUCUUCUUUCGACGUCAAAUCAUCUCGGACAUCAUUGACAUGUGCAACGGUGUCUUCCCUGAUCAGGGCGAGAUUGGUAGACCGUUUAGUAAGCUUUGGGAUCAACGCCACGGGCAUGCAAAGGGUUUAGAGAAGCCGAUUUCUAGUACGGUGAAUGAGACCAUGCGGAACAUGUGUACUGAUCCUGCGUUCGGUCUAAAGAGAAUGAUAUUUCAAGUCAGGAUGAACUACAAGAAGGGACCUUUUAUUACAAAAAAGUCUAUCAUUGCACGUACACAUCUGGACGCCAGUAGCCCUCAGGUUUUGAAGCUGGCACGCGACAUAACCAACUUUUCCCACGAGCGAUCUCAACAGUACUUCCCAGAAGAAGUUCGCCAUCUCCUCGAUGAUACUUCUUUGUACUGGCCUGUACCCCGGGCUCCCAAAGACGAGAGCAUUGUCCUCCAUCCAGACCCAGGCGAGUUGGAGGAUCAGAUCAGAGAAGCUAAGAAACAGCGGCGACAGCGCUUAGCCGAACAGAGGAAGUCUUCGGCUGAAGCUCGCAAAGCUCAGAAUGCAAGAGUCGAAGAAGUGGCGACCAAGAAAGAUGCAGCGUUGGCUGGUGGAGCUCCAGGAAAACGAACAAGGCUUGCGAGUUUAAACGACAAGGACAAACCAUACCAGCCUAAACCCAUUGCAGGGGUAAUUGACGUCGUCAAUGAAGAGAGUGAUAGCACCGAAAGUGGUAGGGUUGCUACAAGCGUGAAUUCCGGCGACCCCGCCCUCAUUUUGACCAAACCUAUCAGUCGCUCCACUAAUGGUCGCAAUGAGACUGAUACUGAUAUGGACCCAUUGACGACUGAUGAAGAGGAAUCCGAUGAAGAUUUAGCUGGAUCACCGACUGUAGCAGCCCAAAAGAACCUCAUAACCGAGGCUGGGCCAGAUGCAGAGCUCGAGGAGGCUUCUAACAAGCCGGUGGAACAGGGACCAGACGCGGGAUUCACUGUCGCGCCUCUAAAGAGCAAGAAGCGAGUCAGAAUCGCUGAGCCAGAGAGUCACACAUCCAGGAAGAGGCUGCGUAGAACAAUUAGCUCCGAAACUCCAAUGAGCGCAGAGAGUGACACAUCACCCUCUUCUGAAGUUGAAGAAGCUUUGGAUGGUGAUGAUCAGACACAGUCAAAGCCAAAGGCAAAGAAGAACUCUAAAUCCGGACGUAGGCUCGAUCGAUCAGGCCCUCCACCUACGCUCCUCGAACGCCUAACUGGUCUUACGGGAGAUCCCAACGAUCCAAUCUACAUUCCACCCGAUCGCCAACGAACGCGCGUUGGUCAGUCUCGCCCUUUAAGCGAGCGAAAGAAGAAGCAGAGAAGUAAGAAAGGAUCAGAAAGCAAGAGUGCAGAGGAUUCAGAUGCGCUCCAUCGCUUUAAGAAGUUAUGUUGCACGCUGAUCAUUGCGACCUUGAUGUCUGCAGAAGAGGGAGUCGCGGAUUGGAGUAUCGUUGAGAUGGUCUACAGUAAUGACAAGCUGUUCGAUAUGCCUAAGACUAAGAAAAUGUGGGCUUGGAUUCAGACAGAAAUGGCUCCACAAAUCACCAAGCUGACCGAGAACUUUCAAACGCUGUUUCUGGAUGCGUACGAACAAGGUCAACUCAGCCCUAUCGAAGAUCCAAGUACAUAUGAUUGGAAAAGCUUAGCACAAUGGGCAACUCGGAGCUGUGCUUACCCUGAACUACCUUUGCCUUUGCUCCGAGAAGCACUCGAGAAAUUUGCAGUUGACGAGCUGGAGUACACGAUUCUUGACAGAGCAAAGUGGUACAAGGAAAGGGUUGCUGAUCGGACUCGAACACUGCUCCAACUGCAGCACUCGUUCGCCGCGCCGCUACACAGAGCUCGCAAGACGACAUGGUCUCUAGAAGAUAAGAAUCUGAAAGCUCGUUCAUGGAUACGAGCGAAUACUGCGACGCCUCAAGCGUUGUACGAUGGAAAGCAUGCGCAUGAUAAACUCAUGAACCUGGGACAGAAUGCACUUGUAAGUGUAGUUGGGGACCUGGUGGAGAAGAGCAGCCUCAGAAUGAGGAAGCUCAAGCGCCUCCUACCUGGACGUAAUUACAGUUUCACCAGAGCUUUCGCGAGGAAGUAUGUGCGGCCAUUCGAGCUUAGUGACUUCAUGUCUGCGGUCAGGGUCAAGAAAGAGAUGGAUAUUGCAUUCACCAAUGACGAUCCUUCCAAACGCUUCUACAGUAUCUCUCAAGUUGAAGAAGAUGGACCAGUUGCAGCGAUUAUGACCAUGGUCAGUGCCGGAAUCGUCAAGCUUAUUCCACAACUUCCGCCCGUCAUUAACGAAUUUGGUGCGCCACUGCCUCGCCUCUCUAUUUGGGGCUUCUGUGAGGGUGACUACAUUCACCGAGCUAUGGAUCGCAAACGCAUGUUUUGGGACAUCUACAUCGUACCGACAGACAAAUACCUCUUCGGCAAUCCGCUUCAGCCAUCGCCACAGUCGCAUGACUCGCUUGAAGAAGCUAGGGUUCUUGACUGGCAAGACCUCCCGGAACCACCGUUACCAGGUAAACAUGACCCAGAUGCCCUACUACCGAUUUGGAGCAGCAUUGAUGGCCAAUCCAUCACCUGGCCCUGGUGGUACCGUAUUCUGAACCUUGUUCUGCAACCGCUCAUUUUUCAACCUGGUGCCACGUCAUCUGACAUCUAUCUGCACUGCGCUGCUCAUACGACGGAAAUUUUUGAGAUCGAACUGGUUCUCUCUUGGCUGCAGUCUGUCAAGGCGGUCCGCGAGUCUGUUGGCGGUGGCUACAUAACUCAGCCUGGCUGGUGGGCGGUGUUUGGAGAUAAUUUGAAGGGUGUGGGUGACGACUGGUUUGGCGAACAUGUCAAGAGGAAGAGCAAGAAUCAUGAGAGACAGCAAUGGCGUGAGCAGUUAAACCUCCAGCAUGCGACAUUGCAUACGGAAGCAAGGCAAGAGGCUGCCACUGAGACUGCCACACCACAAGCCGAGCAUUUGCAGAUGCCAGUAGAUACGUCGCAGCAGAUUCUAGAUAAUCCGAAGAAGCAGUAUAGCAUUUCCAAGGAUGCACUCGAAACGUCGGGGCCAAGGGGACAGAAAGAAGGCUCGACCUCUGCAGCUGCUGUAAGCCAGUCUGCGGUACCAGAUCAGACGGAGAAGUCUCUUGUCACGGAACGCCCAGUGGCCAAGGGGCAGCAGUCUCCUCCAGCUACCGACACGGCAGCCGAAGAUGUUGAGAUGGUGGAGGUUGAUGCCCAAGGUGAUGAGGACGGAGAGGAUGCUCACGGCGAAGAUGUGGAUGCUGAAGGCGAGGUCGAUGAUGCAGUGUACUGA